AUGUCGAAGGCAAAGCAAUCCGGAGGUGAAUCACCAUCUUUGUCACUCAGUUUCAUAGACGAUUUGAAUCCGGCCAAAGAUAUGUGGAAUAUCAAGUGUCGAAUCAUCCAAAAAUGGUCUCAGUCCUUUUGGAUGGACCUGAUCUUGCUCGAUGAGAAGUAUCUGAUUUCACAACUUCAUGAGGAUGAAAUUGUUAUUCUCUCCAGAUUUGGUGUUGGAGAAAACAUGGAUCCCUACAAAGUUGUUAACCAUGAUUACAAUAUUAACUUUUACCGUUGUACGGUUGUUACAUGUGCGAAUGGUUGGCAAGGUGUUGAUUACGGAUUUAACUUCAUGGCACAUUCAGACAUUGUUAAAGGAGAAGGAAAUAAUCUGCUCACUGUUGAUGUUGCUGGAACUGUUGUCUGGUGUGGAGAUAUGGACAUCUUUGGAAAACCUCCUAAAGAAAGAAAAAGGAUGAAUUUAGAUCUUCAAGAUGUGCUCAUGCGAAGAUUAAGAAGUGACAGGACACUUGUAAUGAAUUGUUGGAUAUGUAUAUUGUUACGUGCAGGACAAUAUACUGUUCAGAAUGAUAAGUUUGGAACUCGUAUGUUUCUCAACCAAGAAAUUGAUGAGGUUAAUGAACUUCGUAGGAGUCUUUUAGUGAAACAAUUUAAAGCUAGUGGUUCUUCUUCUCAAACCAUACUUCCAUCUCAGAGCGUAUUUCCAGUCCGUCAAGAAUUUCUAAUUGAGACUACUAAGAGACAUGUUGAUGAGAUUAUUGAGAUUGAAAGCGUAAUGUCAUGUGUGGUAGUUGCAACGAUCAAAAUUGUUCAAGAAAACUAUGGGUGGUUUUAUCCGGCAUGUCGAAACUGUAACAAGAAGGUGUUGACUAAAACUGAAUACUUACAGUUCAAGGUACAUUUGAGGGUGCAAGAUGAAACUGGUAGUGUGUCUUUUGUGAUGUUUGAUAAAGAUUUAACGAAGAUCAUUGGUUCAACUGCGAGUGAUAUAAGGGAACGCCAAGUGAAAGUCAAUGAUACUGAAAUAUGUGAUGAUCCGAACAUAAUUGCUGAAUUGGUUGCUGAUAAUGGUAAUGCUCUUGAGGUUGCUGAUGAGGUUAGUCAAGAAGGUUCAGAAUUCAAAGCCGUUCAAUUAUCUGAAUCCUCACAGAUGGCCGGUGGUGCUUUUUCAAAGGAUGUUGUAUUUGUUACGGCUGACUCUUCUGUUGUCAAAGCUGAGAAGGAUUCGGGCACCAGUCCCAAUGGUAAACGUUCGGUGCAGGAGGUGGAAGGUCAAAAUGUUGGGGAACUAUCUUCUAACAACAAAAAGAAUCGGAAGAAGUCAUCUAGGCUUAACACUUAG